ACUUAUACCAGGUCUCAGUCGACGAUCAGAUCUCGCAGCCUCUUGCGGAACUUUUAAGUCCCAACGUAUUUAAUAAUUGCGGAGCAAUGUCCAUGACAGCGUUGGGGGUCAGCGCCCUGUUCAUGGUGGGAUGCUGUACCAUCGCCCAGAUCGCCCGCGUCAUCUGCCGACGCCUGGUGGCUCGCGAGGGAAUCGUCCCUAUCCUCAUUAACGAGGCGAUCGCUGCCGCAGAGCUGUGCGCUUGCUGCUUUGAGCUCAUUAUUGUGGCCGACAACUUCGGAGUGUCAAUGUACGCCGUCUGCCUCUUCCUGCUGACCGUGUGGUGGGGCCGCGUGUGGGGUGACGCCUCCGCCUGCCCUUACACCCACAUGGAGGACGUCCUGGAGGGGCGAACCAGCUUCAAGGAGAUGGCACUCCGCAGCUGGGCUGAGCUGAUGGGCGGCUGCUGCGUCUACCGGAUUGUCCAGCUCUUUUGGUGGCUGGAGUUGGCCGAGACUCAUCGAGGACGUGCCUUCGAGUCUUGCAAUGCCGACCUGCAGGUCAGCCCGUAUCUGGGCGCAGUUAUCGAGGGCGUGGCUACCUUACUAUGCCGCCUGGCGUCCAAGGCUAUCAGUGCCAAGGAGCCACGUUUUGGCAGCUACAUCGAUUCCUUCAUUGGAACCAGCCUGGUGGUGGCGGCCUUUAACUUCUCCGGCGGCUACUUCAAUCCGGUGUUGGCCACAGCCCUCAAGUGGGGUUGUCGCGGCCACACCCACCUUGAGCACAUCAUCGUCUACUGGAUCGGCGCCUGCGCCGGCGCUGUGCUCUCCAUUCCGGUCUUCAAGCUUCCCGUAGUGCGUCGCAUCCUUCUUGGCGCGGAGGCGGAAUCCAAGGCAAAGCUGGAAUAGAAGUGAACAGAAAAUUGGCAUUAACUUGCUCACAUGAAAAGUGCCUGUUUUUAGAAAUGUUUUUAAUUUCCCACGAUUCGCCCUACUCCACUUAAGCUGCGCGCAUAUCUUGCCUCGUACUGUAAUAAGAACCAAUUUGAUUGGAAACUAAAAAAAAACAGUACUGAAAACGAAAGCAAGACAAUUUGUAGGCUAUAAUAUAACCAUUUACAGAUAAAACAGA